AUAUUAGGCUAGAACAUUUAAAAUGUUUCUUGGAAAUAUAAUAUUAGUGAUAGUGUCAUGUUAUGUGUCUCAAGUGCAUGGACUAUCUGACAGAAUUGCUCCACGUAUCACACGAGGGCCAGGGGUUGAGGAGGCUUCUGUUGGGGAAGUUGUGAAGUUUUAUUGCAGUGUACGUGGAGACCCUAUGCCAACUAUAACUUGGUCACACAACAACAACCCAAUCUAUAGUGGUUCUAACUUCACACGACUUGAAGAUGGAAAUAUUUUAAGAGUUCAAGUCUCUUCUAAAACAUUUCAAGGACAAUAUUGUUGCCAUGCCGAUAACGGACACAGAAUAACACCACAGUCAUGUGGAGCUCUACAUAUUAAACAUGCACCCCAUGCUACUAUAUCACCACUUAUACUUGAGAUAAAGCAAGGGGCCACCACUACAUUACACUGCACACUAACUGGCCGUCCCACUCCAACUUUAUACUGGUAUCAUAAUAAUCAGUCUCUACCUUGCCAUAAGAAGACAGGUUUUGUGCUAACUGCAAACAAACUUUGCCGAAACAUUGAAUUUUCUGGAAUGGAUUUAAUUAUUCGCCAAAUAUCGAUUGAAGACACGGGUACCUAUCAAUGUGUGGGGUGGAAUUUACUUGGAAAAGGUUUUUCACCUACAGCUCAUCUCAUCUUAGCUAAACCAAUAAAAGCAAAACCAGAUACAGGAAGAAUUAAAGUUACCACAACCACUACCAUUAAUGAAAUCCCACAAGACAAAGUAGGAAGUAACGUUCUUCUAUGGGUUAUGGGUUUCAUGCUAGCCAUUGUAGUGGUUUCGAUAUUUGCCUGCGUCAUCUACUUUGCUUGUAAGAUGGGGUUUUUCAAACGGUGCAGAAGACAGCGUAAUAUCAUCACGCAAGCCAGUUCAUCCACUCACGAGUUUGAGAUGUUUAGAAAUGGUUUAACGAACCAUAUGGACUUUCCAUGUGUGGUGCAAUCUACUGUACACACACUGGAGUACCCGUGGUAUAAACUUAAGUUUCUCAAAGAAAUUGGGGAAGGAGUGUUUGGCAAGGUUUAUGAAGCAAGGGCAUUUGGGUUGUUUGAACAUGAGGAUGAAAUAUCAGUUGCAGUGAAAUCUCUACAAACAGUAAGUCUCACCUCACGUAGUGAUAUGUUAAGGGAAGCAGUUUCUUUACAUAAGUUCCGUCAUCCCAACAUUGUUCAAUUGCUUGGUGUUUGUUUUGAAGAGUGCCAACAUUAUCGAGAACUUGUGGAUCAGUAUGGUUAUAUUGGACCAGAACCCCCAUUCUUAUUAUUUGAGUUUGUUGAUGGUGGAGACUUAUGUGCUUACCUGCGUGCUCAUGGUCCUUACAAACAAAUCUUUAAAAAACAGAAUUGGCAUGGCAAACAACCAACACCACCCCCAACCAACACUAUGGAUGAACAAAACUUAUCUUCAAUAGAUCGCUUGAAUAUGACAUUACAAAUAUCAUCAGGGAUGGAAUAUUUGGCUGAACAACAGUUUGUACACAGAGAUCUUGCAACAAGGAAUUGCUUAUAUUCCCCUGCCACUUCUACUGUAAAGAUUGCCGACUUUGGCUUGUCACGAAAUAUGUACUCCUCUGAUUAUUACAGAGCUGGUGAUGUAGAAUCUGUCCCUGUGAGAUGGAUGGCCCCGGAAUCUAUCAUGUAUGGCAAGUACAGCUCUAACUCUGAUAUCUGGGCAUUUGGUGUUACAAUGUGGGAGAUAUACACCAAUGCUAUACAACCUUAUUUUGGGUUGACCAAUCAACAAGUGAUACAUACUGUUGUUCAGGGUGGAGUUCUCUCCAAGCCCGAGGCUGCCCCCUUGUGGGCAUACAAGUUAAUGUGUCUAUGUUGGGCAAGCGAGCCAAAGAAUCGUCCAAACUUCACCGUUCUGUCAUCUGUUUUAAAGUCGGCUUUCUGUAAAGCACAAGGAAUAACAUUGGUGCAAACUCAUGAGGAAUCUUCCUAUCUUGAUAUUUAGCUUGUGUUGCAUAGGGUUAUGUAAAUAGCUGCAAAUUAUGUGUAAUAUGGGACAGAUUGUGCUUGGUGUUUGGAUAGUUUAAGUAACAUAAUAUUGAUGUAAGAAAAAUGGUAUCUUCUAAAUGUAAAACAUUAGUUUAAACUCAAAAAAUCGAUAUAAAUUGUAGCUACCAGUUUUCAGAUUUGGUUUUAUGGGUUACCAGGUAUCUCAUAUCAUUUUUGAUUUACAGGUAUAGAAUAUGUUCAUGUUUUGCUUUACAUGCUACAUAGAUUCUAAAUUAGUAUAAAAUUUAGUGAAAUAUAUAUGUUUAGAAAAUAAGUUUGCUUAUGUUUGACUCCUAUGUUGCCAUGGUAACAGGCUUGGAAUUUUUUAUUUGUGUUUUGUUUGCAUACAUAGUCAUACAGUACAUAUUUACCAAUGAUAGCAUUAGCAAUAUAUUAAUAUCAAGGUUCAGGUACAAAUGUAUAAAUACACAUUAACAAAUAAUUAAGCCAACACAUAUACCUUGCUGACGUGACUUGUAAGUAAGAUAAUUGAAUUAUAAAGUGCUUUUGUUAGAGCAAAGUGAUUAAUUUGUAAUUUAUUAUUGAUUUAUUAAAUAUUUGUACAUCGUUUAUUUGCACAGUGCUUUAGUCAUUUUUAGUAUCUGUUUGACUUUCUUUGCAUGUAAAUGCUAUUCUACAUAAGUUUGGUGCUGUGGUACGCCAGGGGUACUAGGUAGGAUAUAGAACAAUUUUGGUCUAUUAGUGCUAUCAUUCAGACCCCACUGAGGCCGUUCAUAGAUACUCAAUGUAACCCACAAGAUGUUGUAGUAACUAAUAGUAGUAAUCUUACCAUGUACCUAUAGAUAGCCUUGCAUCUUAUAUAUGCUGCAUUUAAUGCUUUUUCAUGCCUUGGCUUAUGUUUGCUUUAAGAAUGUGUAUUAUUAUUUAAACACUAUCAUGCUGAUAAGAUUUAAGAUCAAUUAUUCAAACAUUAAAAAAUCAUGUUGCACAGA